GUGUCUCAUUGUUCUAUCUGUGCCACCACCGUAAUUCUGAGUCGUAGGCUAUGAAACAGGAAACGCAUUGGAUAAGGUACAGUUUGUAUAUAAUAUCAGUCGUUUUGCAUUGGUCGGACAGCAAUAACGAACGAAUGCGGACAGACAGAAUGAUAGAAGAACGCAGUAAACGAGGCAAAGCCAUGGUGGAGAGGAGACAACUCUUCAUAGAGAUGAGGGGACAAAACUUUGACGUCAUCAGACUAUCAACCUAUAGGACGGCCUGCAAGCUAAGAUUCGUGCAGAAAAGAUGCAACCUGCACCUGGUGGAUGUGUGGAACAUGAUCGAGGCGUUCCGUGACAGCGGUUUGAACACAAUGGACCACAACGCAGAGAUUAACGUGUCUAGACUGGAGACCAUCGUGUCCUCCAUCUACUACCAGCUCAACAAGCGUCUUCCCACCAUGCACCAGAUCAACGUAGAGCAGUCCAUCAGUCUGCUCCUCAACUUCAUGGUGGCUACAUACGACAGUGAAGGCCACGGGAAACUGAGCAUUUUCUCGAUGAAGUCCAUGUUGGCGACUAUGUGUGGAGGGAAAAUAGUGGACAAACUACGUUGUAUCUUCUCCCAGAUCUCUGACUCUAAUGGUGUGAUGGCCUUUGCUAAGUUUGACCAGUUUCUUCAUGAAGUUCUGAAGCUGCCCACAGCUGUGUUCGAGGGCCCGUCGUUUGGAUACACAGAACACUCCGUACGGACAUGCUUCCCUCAGCAGAAGAAGAUCUUGCUGAACACGUUUUUGGACAUUUUGAUGGCAGAUCCUCCUCCCCAGUGUCUCGUGUGGCUACCUCUCAUGCACCGACUUGCUAAUGUUGAAAAUGCCUUCCAUCCCGUGGAAUGUUCUUAUUGCCGGAGUGAAAGUAUGAUGGGGUUCCGUUACCGGUGCCAACAGUGCCAUGGCUACCAACUCUGUCAAAGCUGCUUCUGGCGUGGCCAUGCCAACGGUCCUCAUAGCAACCAGCAUCAGAUGAAGGAGCACUCCUCUUGGAAGUCUCCAGCUAAAACGCUAAGUCACGCCAUCAGUAAGUCUCUGGGCUGUGUCCCCAUUGGAGAGCUACCUCACCCAUUGUUCCCUGAGCAGUUAGACAAACCCCAGGACAGCGUACCACACACUGUUCAGCCGAAGCCAGUAGCCAACAACAUGAACAACACAAUGUUCAUGUCCUCUGGUGUACCUACUCCUACUAAAAGUGUCUUAGAGAGUCCCAGCAGGCUAGACGAGGAGCAUCGUCUCAUUGCUCGCUAUGCAGCGCGCCUUGCAGCAGAGGCAGGCAACUCCACAGUGAGUUGCUCCACACAAUGUCCUCCAACCGAUCUGAGUUUCAACUUCGAUGCCAACAAACAACAGAGGCAGCUAAUAGCAGAACUAGAAAACAAAAACAGAGAGAUCCUCCAGGAGAUCCAGCGGCUACAUCUGGAGCAUGAACAGGCCUCCCAGCCCACCCCAGAGAAGGCCCAGCAAAACCCCACACUGCUGGCUGAACUCAGGCUCCUUAGGCACAGGAAGGAUGAGCUGGAGAGGCGCAUGUCAGCCCUACAGGAGAGUAGACGGGAACUGAUGGUCCAGCUAGAGGGACUGAUGAGGCUACUCAAGGAUGACGAGCAGAAGCAGGCAGCCCAGACAGGAGGCUCAACCCACUCCUCUCCCAGCCACGGGGCAGGCUGCUCCAUGCCCAUGCCGAUCCGCUCCACCUCAGCUGGGUCCACCCCCACCCACACACCCCAGGACUGCCUGGUCGGGGUGGGGGGCGACGUGCUGGAGGCCCUCGCUCAGGGUGUACCUAGAAAUCUUCGUAAUGAUCUGUUGGUCGCUGCAGAUUCAAUCACAAACACAAUGUCAUCACUCGUCAAAGAACUCCACUCAGUAGAUGAUGCUGCAGAGGAAGAGGACAACCAGAUGAGGAACGGAGACCUGAGGGACAGGGGGGAGGAUGAGGACAACCAGAUGAGGAACAGAGGCCUGAGGGACAGGUGUGAGGAGGACAACCAGAUGAGGAACGGAGGCCUAAGGGACAGGGGGGAGGAUGAGGACAACCAGAUGAGGAUCGGAGGCCUGAGGGACAGGCGUGAGGAGGACAACCAGAUGAGGAACAGAGGCCUAAGGGACAGGGGGGAGGAUGAGGACAACCAGAUGAGGAACGGAGGCCUAAGGGACAGGGGGGAGGAUGAGGACAACCAGGCACAGUGAGAGAUCUAAAACCUCUCCAUCUGUCUGUCUCUGUCUUCAGGCACAGUGAGAGAUCUAAAACCUCUCCAUCUGUCUGUCUCUGUCUUCAGGCACAGUGAGAGAUCUAAAACCUCUCCAUCUGUCUGUCUCUGUCUUCAGGCACAGUGAGAGAUCUAAAACCUCUCCAUCUGUCUGUCUCUGUCUUCAGGCACAGUGAGAGAUCUAAAACCUCUCCAUCUGUCUGUCUCUGUCUUCAGGCACAGUGAGAGAUCUAAAACCUCUCCAUCUGUCUGUCUCUGUCUUCAGGCACAGUGAGAGAUCUAAAACCUCUCCAUCUGUCUGUCUCUGUCUUCAGGCACAGUGAGAGAUCUAAAACAUCAUUGAGGGAACAACAACCUCCCCAAACACCACUCCAUUGAUCUAGACAGGAUGUCAGACUGCAGAAGAAGAAUCAGAAUGAGAAUCUGCCACUCCGACCAAACCCUUCUAUCAGGAAUUAGCACGUAUUAAUGCAUGCUGUUAUCAAACAGGAUUUCACUGUGUGAACUCUUAUUAAACAUGUUUGUUACA